CACCGACCCAGUCGCUCGUCGGUUGCUGCUCGUGCUCGUCCUUCGUGCAUCAACCAGAUCGCUGCCGUCCUUUGCCGUCACCCGCCGUCCACCGCCCGCUCCAUCCAUAUUGCCAUCAUGUCGGCGCCCUCGACCUCCCAAGGCACAGACGACCGCCGAGCCCAGGUCCUCUCUGAUUAUCGCAAGAAGCUUCUGGAGCAUCGGGAACUGGAUGCCAAAGUCCGAGAGUUGCGGCUGGGCUUGCGAAAACUCGAAAGGGACUACGACAAGAGCGAGGACGAUAUCAAGGCCCUGCAGAGCGUGGGUCAGAUCAUCGGAGAGGUUCUCAAGCAGCUCGACCCUGAACGAUUCAUUGUCAAGGCUUCGAGCGGACCGCGAUAUGUUGUCGGCUGCCGCUCCAAAGUUCCCAAGGAUAAGCUCGCUCUGGGCACACGAGUGGCCUUGGACAUGACCACACUCACCAUCAUGCGCAUCCUCCCUCGCGAGGUCGACCCCCUGGUCUACAACAUGAGUAUUGAGGACCCUGGCAACAUCUCGUUUGCUGGAAUCGGCGGUCUGGGCGACCAGAUCCGUGAGCUGAGAGAGGUCAUCGAGCUGCCUCUGCUGAAUCCCGAGCUCUUUGUUCGAGUCGGUAUCAAGCCGCCAAAGGGUGUGCUGCUCUAUGGUCCGCCGGGUACCGGCAAGACGCUCCUGGCCCGAGCCGUCGCCAGCACCCUCGAGUGCAACUUUUUGAAGGUCGUCUCGUCGGCCAUCGUCGACAAGUACAUUGGCGAGAGUGCCAGAAUCAUCAGAGAGAUGUUUGGCUACGCCAAGGAGCACGAGCCUUGCAUCAUCUUCAUGGAUGAAAUCGACGCCAUCGGUGGACGCCGUUUCUCUGAGGGAACCUCGGCUGAUCGUGAGAUCCAAAGAACGUUGAUGGAGCUCCUCAACCAAAUGGAUGGAUUCGACUACCUUGGCCAAACCAAGCUCAUCAUGGCCACCAACCGACCGGAUACGCUCGAUCCGGCUCUGCUGAGACCUGGGCGACUGGACCGCAAGAUCGAGAUCCCGCUCCCCAAUGAGCAGGGCCGCACCGAAAUCCUGAAGAUCCAUGCCGCUCCCAUCACCAAGCACGGCGAGAUCGAUUACGAGGCGAUCGUCAAGCUCUCCGAUACAUUCAACGGCGCCGACUUGCGCAACGUGUGCACAGAAGCAGGCAUGUUUGCCAUUCGCGACGACCGCGACUAUGUGAUCCAGGACGACUUUAUGAAGGCCGUGCGCAAGGUUGCUGACGCAAAGAAGCUGGAGACCAAGCUGGACUACGAAAAGAUCUGAUCGACAUCCGACUCACGCCAUCCAUCGAAGGGGGUGUAUCUGCUGGCUCCAGGGUGUUGGUAUCGACAAGCCCCCCCCUCCUGCAGCGUACUGCAUAUUACGGACUGUGUGCUUUGGUCGCCCGAAUCGGGAAAUGCCGCUUCGGAUAUGCGGAGGCGGGUGUACGGCCUCCAACUGGGCGGCCACACCCACGAAGCACAGCGAGCUUCCCACUCCCUUCAAUACACAGCACCCAUCAAACGAAA